UAUGACAAAGACCAGUUAAUACAAGAAAAUCGCCAGCUACGUGAUGAAUUGGAAAACCACAAGUUAGAUAAUUUUGGACAUCGAGGAGCUGUCCCACUGAGCAAAGAUGAGCGAGAGUUAGCUGACCGAUAUGACCAGUGGGUGAAAAAAUAUCAGCAAGACCGACAAAACCCAUUUCAUGGUGUAAAGUUUGUAGCAGAUGAACCAGAAAAUGUUAGGGAAAUUCUGAAAGUAGAAGAGAAAAAUGAGAAUGAUGUAGACGAUGAGGAAAUUCUGAAAGUAGAAGAGAAAAAUGAGAAUGAUGUAGAAGAUGAGGAAAUGAGGAAAGUUGGAGACGAGCACAUUGAGAAAGAUGUUGGUGCAUUCGAAGAGAAGGAUGAUGAUGAUGAUGAGGAGGAGGAGGAGGAGGAGGGAGUUAAAGAAAAAGAGCAGAUUAGAGAUGAUGGUGAUGAUGUUGGUGAUGAUGCUCAAGAAGAUGAGAAUGAGGACAAAGCUAUACUUCAUGGUGGUCUGAGUAAUGGUGGAAAAAAUAUGCUGAACCCAGACAUGGAGGUGGAAUUAGCAAAAUACAAUGAAGAGAAGCAGAGAGGAGAUGAACAGCGGGAGAUGCGGGAAGAAAAUGUUGUGAAUCAAAUUGCUGCGAGACAGGACCCAGACGAGAGACAUGACCCGAAUGAUCAGUAUAACGCCAGAGACGAGAGACAUGACCCAAAUGAUCAGUAUAACGCCAGAGACGAGAGACAUGACCCAAAUGAUCAGUAUAACGCCAGAGACGAGAGACAUGACCCGAAUGAUCAGUAUAAUGCCAGAGACGAGAGACAUGACCCGAACGAUCAGUAUAACGCCAGAGACGAGAGAGAGGAUCCAAAUGAUCAGUAUGAUGCCAGACGUGAUGAACUAAUACAGGCAGAAAUUGACAUAGAACAAGAGAAAUAUCAUAAGAAAUUCCAGGCUGAAGCUGAAGAUGGACCAGAUGGCUACGAUAUGAGGAUGGCUCAUUAUGGUGCAUUCUGGGAUAACUACCUUAAAGAACAUAAAAUGGAGAUCGUCAAACGAGUAGACGAUAGACUUCAAAGAGAACGUGAUAUGUAUGAUCAUCACCAACAGGUUGUAGAUCAGGAUUUAGAAAAAAGGCGGGAAUGGGGAGGAGAACAAUACAGGGAACAAAAUCAGUUUGAACAACAGCAACAGGAGGAGCAGCACCAGCAGCAACAUGAGUUUGAUGACAGGGUACCAGAUCAUGAACAACAAGAUAUUUUCAAUCAAGAUGAGAUGGCAAGGCAGCAGAAGUUGAUUCAAGAAGAGGCAGAAAGGAGAGACCAGGAGGCGAGAGAUGACUUGCUGAGACGUCAACAACAACAACAAUUAGAGAUGCAGCAGCGGGAACACAGAGAGCCACAAAUGCAGGCACAAAUUCCAGGUAUACCUGGACAGGGGAGAGAUCAGUAUGAGGAAGGUGAUAAUGCACAUGAAGAAGAAAUUGAAGAUGGAAAUGAGGAUGGCGGCGAUGAUGAUGAUGAUGAAGAUGAUGAUGAUAAUUAUGUUAACAAUGUACACAGAGGGUUUAACCAUGACAACCAACUUCCACUACCUGGAGGCAAUGAAGCUGCACAGCACCAACCACAACCAAUUGAAGACUUCAAUCGUUUACCAGCUUUGCCAGGGAAUGAAGCACAGUUACAGCUACCACAACACCACCAACCAGAAGUUGAUAUGAUGCACCAAGAUAGAGAUAUAAAUGAUGAACAAGUACACCAACCAGAAAUAGAAAUGCACCAAGCUGAUAAUUAUGAUGACCAGGUUGAUGGAAAUAAUGAGGAGGAGGAGGAGGAGGAGGAGGAUGAGGAUAAUUAUGAUGAUGAUGAAGAACAAGCAGAUUUAAACAGACAGAAUUUAGCACAAAAAGCAGCAGAUGAAAUGAGGAGACGAGGACGAGAAAUGUAA